AUGAUUAGUCCAAAUACUCCAGUUUAUCAUGUAGAUCUACCUGAGAAUUAUUACAAUGUCUUUGGAGAUAAAUUUACUGCAACGGAAGAAUUAGAUGUAUUCAAAGCCACUAAGGCUUAUAAACAUUACAACAAUCCUGACAAUGACCGCAGUAACACAUUCGUUUUAAAUAUACUACUAAUUCUUGACGAUUGCGAAGGAAAAAAUCCACUAGUCAACGAAACCUGUAAUACCAAUAGAAUCUUACAAGUUUUUGAUUUGGCGGCUAGAGUCUUCAAAGACUUACAUAAUCCUAAUAUUAAAUUACAUAUAUCUGGAGUUGUUAAAAUGAAGCGAAAAGUUCUUUUGUCUAUUCCACAAUUGAACAAAUCAUGGUCUUCUGAUCCGUGCUAUGGUAGUUCAACAUUUGGUACUACGAGUUUCUGGUUGCAUAAAAAUUCAGCAACAUUUGCCAAGAUUGACUAUGACAUGUUCAUUUUUGUAUCAAAUGAACGAUUAUGUCCUUUAAGAAAAUCAAUGAAGGUGCCUUCGUAUUUUCAUCGGAAAAAUGCAAAUUGUAGAGACAGGCAUUUCCCAACGGGUGGAGUCAUUCAUUUUGGCUAUGAAACUGCUGAAUUGCGUGUUAUACAGAUGAUCGCCGAAAGAUUUGGUGUUAGAAAUGACGCCUCUAAUGGAUGCGCAAGUGAUCCCGACGUUUCCGGUCAACACUUUAUGGAUCUUGAAAAUGAUAAACGUCAUCCAGUAUUUCGUAGUUGGUCUGAAUGUUCAAAAGCCGAUUUCGCGAAAAUCAUCGACGACGAAAAAUAUGAAUGCUAUAAAAUGCCAGCAGCUUAUGAUGUCAGGGAAAAUCAAGAAUCAGGAUAUAAAAAUUUGAUACUGGGACCCAACACUUACGUUCAUAAGAUUGAUUUUCCACACGAUAAUUAUGUGAGAGUUGAAUCUGAUUUGAACAAAUUUCAGGCAACACCGGCCUAUAAUUAUUACAAAAAUUCAGAUAUCGAUCUCAGUAAUACAUAUGUCGUAAAUAUAUUAUUAAUUUAUGACUGGAGAUUAAAUGAAAUAAAUAAGGACUCAAAUAUUCUCUCUGAUUCCAUACUAAAAAAACUAGAUAUAGUGGCAGCAAAUUUAAAUGAGUUACAACAUGUUAAGAUAAAACUGCGUAUUUCCGGAAUAGCUAUUCCACAACGUUCAGAUAUUUUCGACUUACCGGAAACACAGAAAAUGCCUCUAUGGGAAGAACCCUGUUAUCAUUCCAGUGCAAGUUUACGCUACCUGAGCAAUUGGUUACUAGAAAAUAAAGACCGAUUUGAAGAUCUCUCAUACGACUUUUUUCUCUUCGUGACCAGCCGAUAUUUCUGCGAUGAGGGAAAUGAAAAUGAAUUAAAAUUUGUCCCAUCCUUAAAAUAUGACUGCAAUGCUGCUCCUACGUUAGUUAAGUCUUCUGGUGGACUCGUUAAAUAUGACGCCUCCUUUAGCUUGCGAGUUACACAAAUGAUCGCUGACAGAUUCAAUAUUCAUAAAGAUAAUAUGAUUAAUUGCGGACCAGGGCAUGUGAUGGAUUUCAAUAAGAUAGAAAAUUGUUUGACCACGACGUAUCCUCGGUCGUGGUCAGAUUGUUCACAAUCAGCAUUUCAAUCCAUAAUCAGCAAAGAAGAAUAUUCAUGCUAUAAAAUGGCAGCUUUCAACCCGGACAGUGUUGAUAACGAUUACCAGUAGUCCGAAAACUCAAAGUUUCAUGUAUAUACUUUUUAAAUUUAUAAUUAUACUGUACAAAUUUAAUAAAUGUUUUUUUUUCAAAUUUUUUUUUGUUAAAUUAAUUUA